GUCCCCGCCCCGCCCAUGCCUCCCGCUUGGCCCGCAGCCUCCGAGGAGCCUGGGCCGAGGAGGCCCCUCCACACCCACGGGGUCGCAGGUCGCCAUGCGCCCCCGAACGUGGGAGACCCCGGAUUAGAAGGUUACCUGCACUGCUGCCGCCUCAGCAUGGAGAGCCGUGCCAGCCCCCGCCCUGGAGGGCUGUCCUACUGUGUGGCUUUCUCCCAGCUGCUGGGCCUCACCGUGGUGGCAGUGACCGGCGCCUGGCUGGGUCUGUACCGGGGAGGCAUUGCCUGGGAGAGCGCCCUGCAGUUUAACGUGCACCCGCUCUGCAUGGUCAUAGGCCUGGUCUUCCUGCAGGGAGACGCCCUGCUGGUUUACCGCGUCUUCAGGAACGAGGCCAAACGCACAACCAAAAUCCUGCACGGGCUGCUGCACGGCUUUGCCUUCAUCAUCGCCCUGGUGGGCCUGGUGGCAGUGUUCGCCUACCACCGGAAGAAGGGCUAUGCUGACCUGUACAGCUUGCACAGCUGGUGUGGCAUCCUUGCCUUUGUUCUCUAUGUUGUGCAGUGGCUGGUGGGCUUCAGCUUCUUCCUGUUCCCUGGAGCUUCGUUUUCCCUGCGGAGCCGCUAUCGCCCACUGCACAUCUUCUUUGGCGCCUCCAUCUUCCUGCUGUCUGUGGGCACAGCCCUGCUGGGCCUGAAGGAGGCGCUGCUGUUUAAACUCGGGACCAAGUACAGCACGUUUGAGCCUGAGGGUGUCCUGGCCAACGUGCUGGGGCUGCUGCUGGCUGGCUUUGCUCUGGUCGUGCUCUACAUCUUGACUCGCACCGAAUGGAAGCGGCCCCCCCAGGCCGAAGAGCAAGCCCUCUCCAUGGACUUCAAGACACUGACGGAGGGCGACAGCCCCAGCUCCCAGUGACAGGCUGCUCAGGCCCUGCGGGGGUGGCGGGGCCUGAGUGUGGGGCCUCCUCGGUCCCGUUAUCACAGGUGUCUCUCCCACAGCCUCGGGGGCUGCCUUCAGGAUUCCUGGCUCCCGGGAUGCUGGGCAGAGCGGGUGGGGACCGGAGUGGGUGGGGACCGUGGGGCAGCCUGCCUCUUUGAGCAAUGGUUUCCGGGCUGUAGGGCGUGGCCACCUCUGCUUCCCCUCCUCACUGAUGCUUUAGUGCCCUGUUAGUCCUGCGCAGCCCCUGCCCCUGUGCCCCCAUCACCCCCUCAAAUAGAGAAGCUUUGAGUAGGUGUUUGGGUGAUCGCAGAAGCUCAGACCCCUGAAGGAGCCGGAGAGCGGCUCCCCCAGUAGAGGCAGUGGGUGAGAGCCGAGCCCUCGGGCUGUGGGGGCACUGGGCCUCAGCGGCAGGCCCGGCAGAGCCAAGACUUGCUUUGUGCAACUGAAUUCAAGCCAGGAGUCUCGUUAGCCUGCGGGGACAUGUGGUCCGAAUGAGCCUGGUGUUUGGCAGUGGAGCAAGUGAUAUUAUCUGUAAACUAUGUGGGUGUUCAGAGUGCGGCUCCCCUGGAGAGGGGCGCGACUGGCCCCUGGGAAGCUCUGGAGACAGCUCUCGCCCAGCUGUGCUCUCCAGCCUUCCCUUCUUUAGCUCUUUGGCCUCAGGAUGGCUUUGCUGGGAGAGGGGCUGGGGCUGAAGAGGAGGGAGAGGGCCCCUGCGCAGGCUGCUGUGGGUGGUGGCUUACCUUGCAGCUGCGGCUCCCAUUGUCCAUGCUCACCAGCCAGGCAGGCACUGCUUUGACCAGAGGCUGAGGGCACCACCCUUUUAUCAAUGAAAAGCUGCUCCUCCGGCCCCCUUUCCCUUUCAGUGGGGCGGCGGGGCUGCCCGCUUCUGUCCCGGAGGACAGCCUCAUCUGCCCUCACCUUCCAGGGCCCAUCUCUGCAGGAAGUGGGGACUGAGUCGGAAUCACAGUAACCCCCCAACCCCACACAUGUGCUGUGCUGUUAGCUGAGUCACUGUUUGGCUUCAGUCUAGAAAUAACGUGAUUAGAGCAUCGAUCUUGUGCUUGGACUUGGCGAGUGUUCUCUCCUUGUUUUGUUGAUUUUCUGGGCUGUGAGGAGCAUGACACAGUUUGAGACAGACACGGUUUACUUACAUGAAGAAGUUAACAUUUCCAAAUCUAGAGUGUGUUUUCUUAACCGUUGCCUUUUCACAGCUACAUGCUGCCUUGGAGAAAGGGGUAGUCUCCUCUACUGCUCCGAUUUCUGAUACUCAGUGCCUCCAGCGAGGCCGCUUCUCAGCGGGUGGCUGUGGUCCAGGGCCCUCCCCGGCGUGGGCUCCACCCAGCCCCUCCUGCCUCCCCUGCAGCUCGCCUGGAUGAGGGUGUUGGCUCGUUUAGACUGUGCACUCAGUGGGGGCCCAGCCUCAUCAAUUCUUUCAUCACCUGGCACUCGCUUGUGUAGUCAAUGUUUACAUGUGAGAAAACUCCACCUUAGACAAACUACCCAAGGAAACUGUAUCUCCCCUGCCGAAUGCCUCAGAGAAACGGUAAACCAGUCUGUUUGCCAAAGUGUAUGUUGGAUGACGACGGAGCAAAAAGCCCCGAAAGCUGACCCGCGUAGUUUAUUGUAUUUGCCUGUGGCCAGUCUUUUGUGAAAUAUAACGUCGUGUCGAUGCAACAGGAGAUUUAAUAAAUGUCUACAGCAGAU